AUGGUCACAGGGUUUGGUGUUGAAGCAGACCGUGCUAUCGUAAAGGUCUCCUUCACCAAGAAACACAGAUUCUCUUCCUUCGGCAACCAGUUCUUCAACACGACGGUUCAGCUGGAUGCCGGUGUGCGUCUCCUCACUGUACAAGUGCAUGUCGGUUCGAAGCAUGGAACAGCAGCUCGCGAGCUUCGACUCUGCCACAGUUCGUGUGCCCUUUUCAACGUUGGCUCGCUCCAGGAUUGGUUAUGGGAAAUUCGAAUCUGGCUUGACCGCAACCCAAAUGAGGUCGUAACGAUCAUCUUGGUCAACUUGGGUAGUGCCAGUGCGACAGAGCUCGAGGGCGAAUACUCAAGAGCCGAUUUGGCCCAUUAUGGUUGGGUGCCGCCCAACAUCAGCGAAGCGCCACCGCUUUCGAGCGAGUCCAAUAAGACCUGGCCGACUCUCGCAGCGAUGAUCAAUAGCGGACAGCGCCUGGUGACCUUCGUCAAUCCUUUGACGCCGGACGAGGCCGAUGCGCCCUACCUCUUGAGAGAGAACGACUUCGUCUGGGAGAAUUCCUACGCCGUUACAGCCGCUGCCGACUUCGCAUGCGCGCCUGAUCGUGUUUCAAAUACUACUACGAUUUCCGAAGCGCGUGACUCCGGCAAGCUUUUCCUGAUGAAUCGCUUUCUCUACUGGCAACAAGCCUUUGGGAUCCAGACUCCAGACCGACGUGUCCUUGCUGCUACAAACUCGUAG